GUCCAGACUCUGUGUUAUAAUGUUUGUGUAAGUGAUUUAAAACUGCAUUAACAUAGGAAAGAAGAUCCAGACCUGGUUUAUCUUUGUAGAGGUGUACUUUGGCAUGACAACACAGGGCUAGUACAGUAUGGGAACUUCCAAGAGUUGUGUCAAGAAACACAAGGAUCGUCCAGAAGAGAGCAACACUGACGUGGAAUCAGAGAGCUGGAGGGGCAGUAGAGGGCAAAGCAACAUGGAGGAGUUUAAAGUUCAAACCGCCAAACACCCGGUGGAGAACAGCUCGCCCAUGAGGCCGCACAGCGAGCAGUCUAAAGAGCAUGCGGCUAAACGUCUGUCGUCCGCAUCCAACGGCACGAGCGACGGAGGCGCGGGUGCUAAAACACCCGUGGAGAUCACGGCGCUGGAGGAGUCCUUCCGCAAGUUCGCCAUUCACGGAGACACACGGGCCACCGGCAAAGAAAUGCACGGCAAGAACUGGUCCAAACUGUGCAAAGACUGCGGCGUCAUCGACGGCAAGAACAUCACCCUCACAGACGUGGACAUCGUCUUCUCCAAAGUCAAGAACAAAUCCAGCCGCGCUAUCACAUACAGCCAGUUCAAAGAAGCUCUCGCGGAGCUCGCCAGGAAACGCUUCAAAGAGAAAAGCAGCGAGGACGCCGCACAAGAGGUUUACCACAUGAUAGAAGGGAAAUCGCCGGUCAUAUCUGGAGUUACGAGAGCUGUGGCUUCGCCCACCGUGUCCCGUUUGACGGACACCACCAAGUUCACCGGCUCUCACAAGGAGCGUUUCGACGAGACGGGGCGUGGGAAGGGAAAGGCGGGACGAGUGGAAAUGGUGGACACAUCGGGAUACGUGCCUGGAUACAAGCACGCCGGGUCGUACGAGAAGAAAGUACAAGGGAAACCGCCACAAAAACCCAUGUGAGAUAAGAAGACAAACCCCCGAAACCCCUGAAACCCGCACAAAAAUGGAUUUUCCCUCUGUGGUUUUGUGUUCCUCUUUCUAGAUUUGGGGGGGGGGGGGUUUCACUGGAACGCUAUUUACAACCGAACAAAGUCGUUUCCAGCUGGUACAUUCCUAACAAACUGCAAGUCUUGCAGUGCACCAACACAAUAAUGGCAACAAGUAUUGCACGCUCUACUCGUGAAGGUUUCUCUGUUGUGCUAUUGAAAUGAAAUGCAAAUAUGAGCAUUUGGCAUUUAUGUUUCAUGCUAUAAACAUGCUAAGCGCUAAAAUGCAGAGUAUGUGAAGAGUAUUUUCUGGCCUAGAAAAAUCCAAAUCAAAGAUAUCAUUUAUUUGAGCAGAUACUUUCAUAAUGUUUUUUUAGGGGUCAAGCAUUAAAAGUGCAUAGGCACCUAUUGUAUUCAUUUGUGUUAAAAUUAUUAUUAUUAUUCCGCCAUUGCAGCCCAUAGGAAAGUUAUGAAAUUUGGCACACUGAUAGAGGACACUCUGAACUAUAACUGACCCAAAUUUGGUGUCUUUACCGCCAACGGUCUAGCGCCACCAAGUGUUCAAAGUUGCACUUAUGUUUACGCUCAUAACUUUUGAACCGUAUGGCCGAGAAUAUAAAAUGUUAGCUCUGAUUCCUUGGCUCAUGACGAGUCGAGUGCACACCGUGGUUUAAAUUUUACGGCAUUUUGAAUUUUCCGAAAAAACUACUUUAUUACCGCCUCCUUGACCGUAAGUCCGGUUUGCACUAAAUCCGGUUUGCACUAAAUGUUUUGUUUAUCAUUUAGGGACACUGUGGACAAAAAGUUAUCAAAAGCUUUUUGAUAGACCAAACUGUUCUCAAAUAACGCUUCAACAAACUUGAAGGCGACCACGGCAAAAUGGACGUGAGGCUGUAGCUUUGCAAUGCUUUGGCGUAUUGACACGACAUUUGGUAUAUGUAGUAGCCAUUAUGACUUCAGGGUACCUGCAUAGUUUCAGCACAGCACCAUCCAGAGAUCGGGAAAUAUGACCAUUCUUUGCUUAUAACUUCUGGAAUAGUUUGGCCAUCAUCAACACUAUGACCUGUGGGUACCUGUAAAGGUCAUCCUCAGUGCAAUACCAUCCCAACAGUGAAGCAUGAUGGUGGUAGCAUCAUUCUGUGGGGGGUGUUAUUUAACGGCAGGGACUGGGGACUGGUCAGGGAUGAAGGAAGCCUGAACGCACCUUGUUUGCUUGCAAUAUAUUGUUUUGGGCCAACGCCACCUUGUGGUCAAAAGCUAUAACGAAAUGUCUAAAAAUGUCAAUUAAUUUCACCUAUCGUCCUGUGACUGCUCUCUAAAGAUUCCUGGGGUCAUGCCGAGUACGGUGAAUUUUCCAUGGUCAGCCAUACUUCCUGUCCGCCAUUCUGAAAUCUAGGUUUUCAAUUAAAAGAUACUUUUUCGAACUCCUCCUAGGCCGUAAGUCCGAUUUGCACGAAAUUGGUUGUGUAUCGCCUAGAGACACUCAUGAUAAAAUACUACUUUUCGAUAGACAAAACGGUUCAAAACGCGCACCAACGAACAGCGAAGUUGCCAAAAAGCAUCUAACGCUUUGCCAUAUAUUAAUAAUGACCACACCCUGACCUAACCAUGUAAAUGUGGUGACUGUGCCACCUAUUGGUCAAAAGUUUUGUAUUUUAAUUUCAGCCAUUCUACCAAUGUUUUUAUGCUGCUUUUCUUAAGAGUCAUAAUGAUGACAGAUGUCCAGUGAAUCGGCCCCGCUUUGUUGUUAUUACAUUGGUCUCGACUACCUAAGCCUACACGUAGAUCAUCCAGAUUUGAAACUAAAACAGUUCUACUGAUAUUGCAUUUCAUAUAUUUUUUGACAUAUCUUUGAUCAUUAACUGAAUGCAACUGUUGGUUUGAUGCAUCAAGAAUGAACUGCUGGUGCUCAGGAUUGUAUAUCUAGUAGUUUGGUUGAUGUUUCUAUCCUUCAUGUCAUAACUAUGUAUUUCUAACAACUUCAAAUCUGCAUGUGCUGAACUCGACGGAAAAGUUACAUUUCUGCAGAUCUGUUGAAAUAGUUUUGAUAAUUUUAUAAUGCUUUCAGCUACCAAUAAAAUUGUAGCACUCUCAGGUCCAUUUGAUACAUUUGAUCAUAUUUAAUAUAGUUCUGCAGACCUCAAAAUGCAAUUUAGUCUGCAGCCAAAUUAAAGCAAUAGAUCAAACUCAGAAAACCAAGGUAUUAAAAGGUGUUUUGUAUUCUGCUGUGGAUUUUAGUUUGAAAGCACUGUUAUUAUUAUUAUCUAACAUGUUAUAUGAAGGCACUUUGCAGUAUGUGCAAUGCUUCUGCCAAAAGAACAAUGUUUACAAGAGUCAAACUCUAGCCAAAUGACAUGCAGUAACUAACAUAAGUGUUAAAUCUGAACGAAAACAUUCCCUUUCCUGGACUGGUGUUCGGAAUUCUGUAAAAACACACUGACAUCUGAACACAAGAUUCAACGUUCGGGUUCCCACACUUUUUGAGCAAUGAAUUUUAAUGGCGCUGUUCCACAAACUUCCCAGUCGUUUGGAUUUUUAUAAGGAUUUUUGACUGGUUCACUGAAAAAUAAAAGUGACUCAAGAGCAAUAUUUAGUUUAGAAAAUAUUUUAGAGCAGAGCAUAGCUAGAAAAAUGUACAGUGGCAAGAAAAGUAUGUGCACCCUUUGGAAUCAGCUGGUUUUCUGCAUUAAUUGGUCAUUAAAUGUGAUUUAAUCUUCAUUAAAGUCACACGUAUAGACAAACACAAUGUGCUUAAGAUAACAACACAUAAACAGUUAGAAUCAUGUCUUUAUUGAACACAUCCCGUUAAACAUUCAUAAUGCUGUGGAAAAAGUAAGUGAACCCUUUGAGUUAAUAACUGGUCGAUCCUGCUUUGGCAGCAAUAACCUCAAUCAAGCUUUUCCGGUAGAGGCGGAUUACACCUACUGUACAUCACUUCCUUACAGAACUGCUUCAGUUCAGACAUGUUCUUAGGAUAUCUGGUGUGAACGGCUCUCUUGAGGUCAUUCCACAGCAUCUCUAUUGGGUUAAGGUCUGGGCUCUGACUGGGACACUCCAAAAGAUGGAUUUUCUUUUUUUGAAACCGUUCUGUAGUGGAUUUACUUCGAUGUUUAGAUCAUUGUCCUGCUGCAUCAACUCAACAUCUACUGAGCUUCAGCUGGUGCACAGACACCCUGACAUUAUCCUGUAGGAUAUCAGAUAAAUGUGGUCAUUUAUUUUUCCCUUGAUGAUGGCAAGCGGUCCAGGCCCCAAAGUAGCAAAGCAGCCCUAAAUCAUGAGGCUCCCUCCACCGUACUUCACCGUUGGGAUGAUGUUUUCAUGUUGGUAUGAGGUGCACUUUUUACGCCAUACAUAGUGCUGUAUGUUCUUCCUAAACAAUUCAACCUUAGUUUCAUCAGUCCACAAAACAUUUUCCCAGUAGUGUUGUGGAGUGUCAAGGUGGUCUUUGGCAAUCUUCAGGUGCGCAGCAAUGUUUUUGUUGGAAAGUAGCGGCUUCCUUCAUGUUGUCCUGCCAUGAACACCAUACCUGUAUAAUGUUUUCUGUAUAGUAGACUCAUGAACAGAGAUGUUAACCAGUUCCAAUGAUUCCUUCAAGUCUUUAUCUGUCACUCUAGUGUUCUAGGGUUGGCUGGACGGCCACUUCUAGUGAGAGUACCCAUAGUACUAAAUCGUCUCCAUUUAUAUGCAAGUCAUGGUCCACGUCAGCAGAUGCCUGUGAAUAGCAAACUCAAAAUAUUUGAGUGCUUUUUAUAAGCCAAACUAGCUCUAACCCACACCUCCAAUCUCGUUUCAUUAAUUGGAUGCUAGGUUUACCAACUCCCAACUCUAAUUAGCUUUUGUUGAUGUCAUUAACCUAUGGGGUUCACAUACUUUUUCCAUCCCACACUGUGAAUGUUUGAUUAAUGUAUUCAGUAUCUACAAGAACAACACAAUAAUUUGAGUGUUAUUAGUUAAAACCGAUUGUGUUUGUUCAUUAUUGUAAGUUAGAUGAAGAUCAAACCAGAUUUUAAGACACAUUUAUACAGAAAUGCAGGUAAAUAUUUUUCUUGCUACGGCAUAUUUCACUCUAAAAGGUUCAGGAGCACUUUACAAUAAGGUUCUAUAUGGUUAUAUUAGUUAAUGCAUUAAGUAUCAUGAACUAACACUGAACAGUCAUUUUUUUUUAGCGUUUAUUGAUCUUGCUUUAAUGCAAAAUAUACAACUGUUCAACGACUUCAUAAUGCAUUAAUUUAAUGUUAACAUAUAUAACUUUUAAUGUAAAUGUUUUUUAGUAUAUGUAUACAUUAAGAUGAAUUAAUGCUGGAAAAGUAUUGUUCAUAUCAACUAUUGCGUUAGCUAAUGUUAACGUAUACAACGUUUUUGUCAAGUGUUUCCCAUUUAACCCAUUUCAAUUUCCCUGAUAUUUUCCAGUACUGUGUGAAAACCCUGAACUUUGUUAUAGGUGAAAUUGAGACUUCUGUGGAUUUAAUGGGAACGAAUAAACAUGUUCUUCUACAGAACAGGUAUUUUUCAGACAUGAACGGUGGCGUAGGGUUCCGAUCAUACACGUCAUGCAGUAGAUUCUGCUAGGAAAGUGACAAUAAACCAUAAUGUAUAUUUGUUGUCGUAUUUUACGUAUGCUUUUGAUGUUUUGUGUGCUUAAUGCCAAAUACUGUUGUUAACCCAUCUGUUUUGAGGUCUUACAUUUUUUAAUGUUCUACGGUAUCCUGAUAUGCAUGUUUAUAUGGUGAUGAUAAAACCAAUUGUAACAUGUCAG